AAAUCUCCAGCGAAGAAGAAGAAGUAAAACUUCAGGGACGAAGAGGUACGCAUCGCACCUUCACUUCAAGGAAAACUAUAAGCUUCCGUACGUCACAGUGUUGCCGUCAUGCCUGCUAGAAAGAGUGCCACCAAGAGAAAGCCUGAGACUGUUCUCAAGGAUGAAAAAGAUUCCAAGAAAGUGAAAGUUUCCCACAGAAGUCAUGGUAAGGAGGCAGGUGAGGUUCUUAUCCUGGGCCAGGGUGAUGUAGGACAGUUGGGUCUGGGUGAAGACAUCAUUGAGAGGAAAAAGCCAGCCCAUGUGCCCCUGCCAGAAAAAGUUGUGCAGGUGAUUGCUGGAGGCAUGCACACAGUGUGUCUCAGUGACACUGGACAUGUGUAUACAUUUGGCUGUAAUGAUGAAGGGGCCCUUGGUCGUGACACAGCAGGGCUGGGGACUGAGAUGGUUCCAGGAAAGGUGAUGCUGGAGGAGAAGGUGAUCCAGGUGUCAGCAGGAGACAGUCACACAGCUGCACUCACAGAUGAUGGAAAAGUUUACCUCUGGGGCUCCUUCAGGGAUAGCAAUGGUGUUAUAGGCCUCCUGGAGCCUAUGAACACAUCUGUUGUUCCAGUCUAUGUCGACAUGCCAGAACCUGUUAUCAAAAUAGCAUCUGGUAAUGAUCACCUGGUACUGGUAACACUCAGUGGAGAUCUUUAUACAUCAGGAACAGCAGAGCAGGGGCAACUGGGAAGAGUCUCUGAGCACUUUUCAGACAGAGGAGGCAGGAAAGGCCUCGCGCGUCUGCUGAAACCACAGGUGGUCAAGUUCAAACGGAAAGUUCACUUCACCGAUGCCUUCUGUGGGUCAUACCUCACUUUAGCUCUAUCGACAGACGGACACGUGUAUGGAUUUGGCCUCUCCAAUUACCGCCAGCUUGGCACAAAAAGCAUCAAGAUGUGUUUUGAGCCAGUAAAACUCACCUGCUUCAAGAACUCAACCACCUCCUGGGUUGACUUCUCUGGAGGGCAACAUCACACUGUCUGCCUUGAUGCUGAAGGGCAGGUUUAUAGCCUGGGUAGAGCAGAUUAUGGCCGCCUUGGUUUGGGCCAAGGGGCUGAAGAGCAGAGUGAACCCACACCUGUGAAGGGGAUGGAGCCGGCCAGGAGCGUGGCAUGUGGGACGGCUGUGAGCUUCGCGGUCACUAAAGAAGGAUCGGUGUAUGCCUGGGGCAUGGGCACCAACUUGCAACUUGGCACAGGGGAGGAGGAUGACGCGUGGAGUCCAGUAAAGAUGACAGGCAAACAGUUGGAGAACCGUGCAGUACUGAUGGCCUCCAGUGGAGGGCAGCAUACAGUCCUGUUGGUCAAAGACAAGCAGGAGAGCUGAUUUUCGUCUCGAGCUCGACUGAUGUGUGAGGUGUUUGAUGAGUUUCAAGGAGGGGCCUUGUCUAUAUGUCGGUAGAAGGUAAAUCCAUAAGUGGUUGCUUGUGCUGGGGGCGGGGCUUCAGCCAGUCUUAAGAUAACUUUGCUCUUCUUGGCAUGAGGAAAAUGUUGUGGAUGUUUCGUAGAUAGUGAUAAAUGAGACUAUUUUUUUAACUCUAGUUUUUUUAUGUUCCCUUUGAACUCAUUAAAGGUUAUCAGUAUGACUUUCAGAUGGUGGACGGGAUGUUUGAGAAUGCAACUUGCAUGCAUAUAAAAGAAACAAGAGUGCAAGCCUUUUAAUGACCUUCCCACAGUCUUUUAACAUUUCUUUCUUUAAAGCAGCAAUUCAGUUGGUCUUGUUUCAGACAAAACAUUUAUACUUGCAGGUGUGAGACUACUGUUCAUUUUACACAGGGUGUACAAUAUGGUUGUGGACAUUUGGACAUUUGGAAAUGCAUCAUAAUGUAUCCUGCAUUUUGUUCGUUUCCCAGUCUGAAAAUAAAGAUAACUUUUAAAAAUUGA